AUGGCUAGAGCUAGCGUUUGCUCAGAAAAUGAAAUGAAUAUACCAGACCGAUAUCAUCAACGGUCAUGCUCUCGUGCCAUCCUACCCCAUCCCACCUCUUCCACCUUCCUGUCAAAGCCUGCAAACCCUUUAGCCGAUCUCCUACCGAACCUCAUCAGAGGAACGAUAACCAGUCACGUUUCACCCAAGAGUCCAGUCAGAAUUACGAAGAAACCUAGCUUGUGCGAGCCUGUCGAUCGUGGCAAGCCUGAACGAGCAGCCGUUUCGCUCAAGACCUCAGAAUGA